AUGGACAUCGUGCCGUUCUCAACGGCCGCGGGCAACAACGGUGACGGUGGUAUUGGUGGUAGACAGGAGCAGGAAGCGAACCAGUACUUCUUGCAUUUGUUGCAGGAGAAUACUCAGGUGAACUUGUUCCUGAAUGACCCCCGCAUUCAAAGUGCCUUGGAGCUUCGCGCGGAACAACGACAUCGAUUUGCAUUGGACAACGUGUACGCCGAAGCCAACGCAUACAUUGCACACCUAGAGGCAACAGCGGAUGCGAAUCAUCGUCAACAGCUAGCAUUUGUGAGCCAAUCCACACACCUGUUGGUGGGACAGCUACACAAUGAAGUACGAGUGCUAGAGACAAUCGCCCGAUCAGAACGACAAUCAGCCAAUGAGCUGCAGGCACAGCUGGCACGCGCACAAAGGGAAAGUCAUGAUGAAAGGUCUAUGGCCAUGCAGUUUGAUGCACAUCGAUCCGAGCUGGAAGCAGCAGCGCGCACGCUCACUGCGGAAAACAGACAGCAUGAACGCCGUUUCGCGGAAUUGCGCUCGAGUAUCGAAGAAAACCACAGUGAAAUGAUUGCCUUUUUAGGGUCUGAGUUUGAGGAAAAGCUUCAAUGGGAAGAAAACGAGUACUACCAUAGGCUAACCUCUGAGGCACAGCAGUACGAUAGCUUGGUUGAUGACCUGCAGGACAGGAACGCGGAGCUUAUAGCUGAGGUCGACUCACUCAGGACUGUCUUGUCGACAGCGGAGAGUAGCCCACCGCAAGGUGGUGCCGUGCCGGUGAAAGUCGAUCCCAGUGAGAGCUCCAAACUUCAACCAAGCCCACCGCAAGGUGGUGCCGCAGCGACAAGCCCUGCUACGCUUUCCAGCGUGGGAAGUGCCCACGAGGUGAUAAGUGGAGGUAAAGGCGGUAAAGGUGGGGAAAAGAAGGAUACUUCCAAGAUUCCUUGCAUCUUUUACCCCAAAGGCACCUGCAAGAACGGUAAGAAUUGCCCAUUCAUGCACAAGGAUGCCGCUCCCUCUGUCCCGGCCAAAGGCGAUAAGGCUGGCAAGGACGGGAAGAGAUCGCCCUCCGGCAAGCGCAGGCGACCCAGUAAGAAAAGGCCAAAGAGUGAGGACAAGCCAGCCGCUUGCUGUCUUUCCCUCACAGCCACCCUCACGGGUGAGCCACCGGCCGAUGCUGUGAAGGCCUACGCAGUAGCAGCCCGCAAGGGCCCUGCCGGAAAGCCCCGAAGCAGGAAAGUCCAGUUCCUAAGGCCAGAAAUCAUUGACAUCCCGCCUGAGGGUGAAGGCUGGAGCUUCGUACCAGACAAGCACAAGUUCGAAUUCAGGUACAAGUCUGCGGAGCUAUGCCCACCAUCAAUUCCAGAGGACACCGAAGAAGCUUUGCAGAAUGCCCGUCACUUGGAAUCAGCAGUGAACGGGAUGAAGCUUAAGGUUCGGGUCAAGUGUGAGAACCUCGAAAUCAUCGCAGACACCGGUAGCGAGGAAGAUCUGAUUAGACCAUUGAUGGCAUGCUUAGCAGCAAAGUCCUCAGAAUCUGAUGGCAGCAAGGUUGCACCGACCUCUGUCAAGUCCGGUCCAGCUGGCGCGGCAGAAGAUCCCAUCGAAAAGAUGGCGAAUUGCAUUCCUCCCACUCCUGGGGUGGAAACGAGGUAUAGAAUCCGGACUACUUGGGGAUUCAAGGAUGACGUGUGGUCUUUGUUGGAGGAUUCAGUCAACAUUGAUGAAUUGGACGGAAUCUAUGGGGAAGCGCAAGCCGACAGCGAUGUCGAGCCAUACACAAUGCCAAAGUCUAAGAAGGAUGAACAACUUAGCGAAGACCUGGAUGAAAUGUUCCCAGAGCUAUUUGGUCCUGAUCGUGAUAAAGAUCCUCCGCCGAAGGACGCGAAAGAAGCCACCCGCAAGGGUGAGUCAAAGUCUGAUUCCCGUGCAGCAUUGCUUGAUGAUGUUCCGUUCUCUGUGAAGCAGAAGCUGAAGUCCAGCGCAGCAGUAGCAGCGCAAGAACCACCGUAUGGUUAUACGUGGAGUGGGGAAUGUUUGGUCAAGAAGAACAACAAGAACCGCCCUAACGCUAUUGAUCAUACUGCAUGGAAGGCUAUGUCGAAAAGACAAAGAGCAACAGCAAUUGCAGAACAUGAGAAGAAGCUACAUGAGGAGAAUGAGGCACUGUAUCGUGAAGCUGUAAAGGCGGAUUGGUGGGACGGCGAAACCUACUUCGACCUCGCAGGCCGGGAACAGUCUGAUUUCGAGCUGGCAGUUGCAGCUGCCCGCAAGGGCAAGCCGGUUGGGCAUUUCAAGUUACUGAAUGUUGGUACAGCCGAACAAGUGGCGGAUGUGUUCACGAAGCCUUUCACUGAAAAGAACAAGUGGACGCAUGCCUUGAAGCUUAUUGGACAUACAACCAGCGCGAACGUAGCCGGGUGCAAACCCGAGUCGAAGGUCGAGGUUGACAACAAGGUUUCGGUAGCAGCAGCUCCGGAAGCAUCAAAGGUUGUCGAGGACUUCGCUCAACAAUCGUUCGAGGCUAACGAUUACAGCUUCAAGACCUUCGAAAAGCUAGCUGGGCUUAUUCGUACCAAUCUCAAGGCAUCAUUGGCAAAACCGCGAGCAUUGAUGGCUUCUGAGAACCUAUCCAAAUACUUGGUGUUCGGCGCUUGGGUCCAUGGUGGGUGCUUUGGUAUUACCAAUCGCACAAAACAUUAUCCAUGGAUUUGCAGGUAUGUGAAUGGAUUUGUUAAGCAAUCAUCUCCGAAAGGGUUUACAUGGACUUCGUUCGUGUUCAACUUCAAUGGCAAGGCCCGCAUCCACACGGAUAAGUACAAUCAGAAAGAAUCGUACAACCUGACGUUCUCCUUCGCUGGUUCUGAUCUUCUCGACUUGCCCGAAGCGACUUCUACGAUCCCCAAGAUGGCAGCCAUCGUUGUGAGCGACGAGUUCUGCAGGGUCAACACCUCCGAAGCAGACAGGAAUGGGGUUACCAAGGCCAUGAAAACCAUUCUCCAAUCCGCCGCCCUCAACAACGAUAUCAUUUCGCUCGGCGCCGAUCAUGAGAGCCAGCUCUUGGAGUCGGCGUACAGCUGCGUAUCCACACAGUGCGCGGCUGGGGUAUCCUUGACCCAUGCCGACGCAACCACUGUGGCUCUGCGCCAGAUGGCUGACCUCAGUGACGAGGGACUCGCCAAGUUGAAGCCAACCGCAAGGUUGAGCCCCAAGACCAAGCGAGCCAUCAUAGUCGUGUCAGACAGCUCCACUGCACUUUGCAAGAAGAACAGGCGGGGAGUGUUCGUUAAGGCCGACUUGGAUGCGGAAGUGAACAUCGCAAGCUUUACGCUGGGAUGGGCGCAGACUCGCUAUACCAUGUGUUGGGGUAAAACCUUGGCGUGGAUUGUCUGGCAGGUCGAGGAGCAUGUGAAGGAGCUCAGGAGCAACUAUCCGGACCACACCAUCGACAUAAUCUGCUGGUGGUGCGGGAACGAGAUCUCCGGCCAGUGGGGCUGCAUCCCCACGCGGCUAGGACCGGGACUCGCCUACAGAGAUCCCAAUGUCACAACGGAGACCGUCGCACGGAAAGUGAGAAGGGCAGCGGAUGUUUUAGCCGCCCUCGCGGGCGAGCCGGACAUUGGUUUUGUGAAGGUGAUUGGGCAGGUGGAGGCGGACUUGUUCCAACUCCACUCAGCCUACAACGACUUCAAUGCCGCUAUGUUCGAAGAGUUCAGGCAGCGCGGUCUGCAAGUGCAAACCGCAAGCUCCUUGGUCGAAAAGCUGGAAAUGUAUGACAGCUUUCACGCCAGCGAAGACCCUCGCAACCGCGAGUUAUUCCAGACCUACUUGCAUGCGACUAUCAAUGCAAGCAGAAGCGAAUGGCUUGCCCAGAAGAUGGCACCCUGUGUCAGGGCUUUGCUUGUUCGCUAUGAGCACUUUGAGACUGGCUCCGAUGCCAACAAUCCAGUGCUCGAGGAUGUCUUCAAGCAGUGGCGUGCAGAGAAGGACCAGCUGAUGAACCCGAAACAGGCCAAGCCAAUGCCGGUCACCCAGGAGGACAAGAUGUGGGAAGCCCCAGAUGCCGCUGACGCAAUCGACGUCAAUAAGAUCUCCGAGGGGCCACCUAUGGAUAAAGCCAUCCGCAAGGAUGUGCCAAGGAUCGGUGCAACCACGGACGUUAGUGCUGUGGCGGAAUGCGUCCAUGACAUCGUCACCCAGGACGCAGACGGCAAGGUGUCCUACAACACCCCGGGCACGGUGGAGCUGGUGGACGAGGGCGACCAGGUCGACCCUAUCCCCUCAUCGAUUGGACGUGUUGUUGAGCCAGCGCCUCCGAAGAAGACUAAGAAGUCUGAUCGAGACGAGGAUGCCAUGCGUAGGCUCAUGUUCAUCGAUGAAAGCGCCCCGCAAGGGGCUGCCACUGUGCCAGAGCUUCCAAAUGAGUACUUCUACAAUGGCAAGAAGCACUUGAUGAAGCCCUUCAACCCGGAGGACAUUGUAGGAGACAGGCACGUGACAUUCAAACACGGAGACCUGAAGUUUCUCACCAAGCUGCUGCGUGGCCAUGAAAUGGACAGCUUCCCUUCAUUGAUCUUUGACCGUGGGUGCUGGACAGACGUUGACACUCUGCUCCAGGUCUUCAACACGGCACGAGGCGCACGCUGGGGUGUGAGGCAGCUGCUACGCGCAGCGAAAGCCGAUAAUAAGGGACGGAUCAGACUUUUGGGUAUUGACGUGCCAAUGAAGGACACCCUGGGUCAACCGCUAUUCCCUGUCAGAGUGAGGAUGGCCCAAGGGCAUAACUCCAAGCUCAUCGGCAAUAACCCGGACGCGGACUUCUUCCUUGCGACCAGGUUCUACAGCGGAUUGUCCGAGUACGAGGCAGACCUGCAGAGCAGCGUCAGGGGGGUCACUGUGCUCUCCCGCGAGGAUACCCCCCCAAAGCUCUUCCACCGCACGAAUGAAAAGGGAAUGAAGGGUAUCCUCCGCGAUGGAAUGAUCGCCGGCUCCGCGAGGUCAGACAGGUCCCACAACUACCUGUCCCCGUACAAGUUGGACGACACCCACUACAAGAGUGGAAUGCGCUCCAACCAGCCGAUCGAACUGACGAUAGACACGCAGCGAGCAAUCGCCGCUGGAUGCGUUUUCUUCGUCACGGAGACCGAUGGCGUCCUCACACGGGACAACGUGCCUCCCGAUUGCGUGCUGUCCGCCAUCGACACCAGCAAAAAGAACCUCCCGCUCUACGUCGCCGAGCACAAAGAAGCCGCCCGCGAGGGUGAGCCAGAGCGCAUUUUCCGCGCAAAGCGCGACUAUGAGGAGGCCGCAGCAGCAAGCUCAUCAUCGGCACCGCCCCCAAAACAGGCGGCUAUCGCUCCCAAAGCGAUUGCUUCAAAGAAGAUGCCGAAGGUGGUUCCCAAGCCCGCCGCAAUCGCCGAAAAGGACGAAAGCAUGGACUUGGAUGAAGCCACCCGCGAGGGUGAGCCUGCUGAUGCUGCUGGUGCAUUCGACCUUGACGAAACCAAGGUUGAGGUUGAGGUCGAAGUCGAUGAAGGCGAUACAACGGAUGCGGGUGAGGAUGAGCCGUACCCACUUGGCUCUCACCCAUGCCGCGAGUGCGCAGCAGUCGUUGCCAAUGGCAUGCUGUUCUGCCUCCGUUGCAAGGCUCCCCAGACGGAUGACUCCAAGAAAAUCACAAAGCGAGUCUUUGAGAAUUCGAGACUCCGCCAGCGCCUUCUUGCCACCGCUGCGACCGGAGCCCAGAAGCCCAUCGAUGAUCUCCUCGCGAGUGACCUUCGAGGCCUGGGCGAGGGACCAAAGAAACGUGGUCAGAUGAGCGCGGAGGCCGCCGCCAUUCGUGACGCCAAAGACCGAAAGAUCAGGGCCGCCAAGUUGAACUUUGACACCGUGUCCGACCGCUUCGAGAAGGACGCGCAGUUCAACGUGAGAAUGAUGCAAGAGGGCCGCAGCCUUGAGGACAUGCAGAAAUUCGAUCACCUGUCGAACGCUGUGCUUCCCGAUCCAGGACGCAGUGAGGAGCAGCGCUACUUGCGUGCUGGCUCCCAUUAUGGUGGUGGCAAUGUCCCGCCUGCGAAGCUGGUCUAUUAUGCCCACUGCGAAGUGGAGCCGUUGAGGAACUUGCGGUUUAUCGAUGAUACCGCGGAUGUCCCCAUCGGCUUGACCUACCUCGGUGCAUUCCUCCCUCCGCGACUCUAUGCUGAGGUGGCAGCAGUGAACGAUGCUGCGAAAAGGAUCCUGACUUUCGACGGCGAAGUCUAUGUGUCGGCUACCACAAUUGAAGGCAUCACAACUGAGAUCGGACAGAUUCUUACCGAUAGCCUCCGUAGUGCUCAGGACCAGACAGACCAAACGGAACGUCUGGCAGAGCGCAAUCGCCACAUGUACAGAGGCUAUACUCAGGCCCAGUGGGACGAGUACUAUCGCCAGCGUCGUGGAGGUUACACUCAGGCCGAGUGGGAUGCAUGGAACCGCACCCAUAGGCGCUGA